AUGGCGCUCGCACGCUCAUGGCUGGUAGUGGAGUGUGUUCCCGAGUCGCUCUCUCUGAAGCGAUCCUUGCUCCGAAAGCUUGACAAAGCCACCCGUCCCGAAACAAUCAUCGCGUCAAACUCGAGUAGUUAUAAUAUCCCCGAGAUAGCGAAGGGCAUUGCUCUGAAGGGAAAGGAUCGCAUUGUCAAUAUGCAUCCAUUUCUGCCGCCGGACAUACCUGGUUCGUCAAGUACUUCCACAACUGCCGAAAUAAGGAUCUGGGCUGCCAUCAAACGAGAAACCCUCUCCGCAAUUGACGAGGGGGUAGCGAGUCCCCAAGAGACCGAUCAAAUCUUCCAAUGUGUAACGGGGAUGCCGAAAGGCCCCUGUGAGCAAAUGGACACCAUCGGCCUUGAUACCGUGUUACAUAUCGAGGAUCACUACGCAGCUGUACGCCCUGGACUUCCAGAAGGUCCACGAAAGCUCUUGCGCAAGAUGGUUGCUGCUGGGAAACUGGGGGUCAAGACAGGGGCAGGUUUCUAUUCUUAUGAAAGCUUCGAGCAGAUCGUUAGAUCCCAUCCUAAUAGAAAAGGACUCUAA